AUCUAACCAAAGUUUUUAUAUUUUCAUACAAAUAAAAGCAGUUCUUGACAAGUUCAAAUUUCUGGUCUGUUUUCAUUCCCUGUGGUUGGCUGACUCAUUCAUCGAGAGAGAAUUAAGAACCCGAACGAAGUUUCUGCCAUGAAAGAAGAUUACGAGAUUGAAGAGAAAAAGCAAGCUGCAGCUGAUGUAUUGUUCCAAAAUUCCAAGUUUGUGAUGGCAUGCAUUGGAAAUCAAGUUAAGCCUAGUGAGUUGAGGUUGCAUUUGAUGAAGGAGAUUUCAGGAAUGCCCACUUCUCUGAAAAAAGAGUCAUCACACCCACCUACAGCUUCAGCCUCUCCCGAAGCAAUGGGUGAGUCAUCAAGCUCUGGUACAAUUAGACUCGAAAAAGCCGAUAGUUUUCGGAUCCUUUAGUUUGAAACAACUACCUCCUGUCUGUGUUUAUGUCCAAUAUAACAAUGAGUCAAUAAAAACGGAUAGGUUUUGGACCUCUAGUUUGAAGCACUUACUUGUUCAUGUCCCAAUAUAAUAUUUAGUUUUAAUCUUUUAAUAACUUGAUUUUUUAACAUGUAGAAAUCAAACUAGUUCUUCUUGUAUAUCAUCUAUAUACUUUUUUUUUUUAAAAACAAAAAGUAUGUACAGUGUAACUUUAUAAGUUACACUGCAUACUUAUUAACUUAUUUUAGUUAUUUUUCAGUUUUGUCAGACAGAAUUUUAACUUGAGAUAUGAAUUGUUUGUGGAGCACUUGUGCUAAGAUUGAU